GAAAUGUCCAACAGCAGCUCCAUCACCCAGUUCCUCCUCCUGGCAUUUGCAGACAGACGGGAGCUGCAGCUCUUGCACUUCUGGCUCUUCCUGGGCAUCUACCUGGCUGCCCUCCUGGGCAACGGCCUCAUCAUCACAGCCAUCGCCUGCGACCACCACCUCCACACCCCCAUGUACUUCUUCCUUCUCAACCUCUCCCUCCUUGACCUGGGCUCCGUCUCCACCACUGUCCCUAAAGCCAUGGUCAAUGCCCUGUGGGACACCAGGGCCAUCUCCUACCAAGGCUGUGCUUCUCAGGUCUUUUUCUUUUUUGUUCUGAUGUCAGCAGAGUUUUCUCUUCUCACUGUCAUGGCCUAUGACCGCUAUGUUGCCAUCUGCCAACCCCUGCACUACGGGACCCUCCUGGGCAGCAGAGCUUGUGUCCACAUGGCAGCAGCUGCCUGGGGCAGUGGGUUCCUCAACGCUCUCCUGCACACUGCCAACACAUUUUCAAUACCUUUCUGCAAGGGCAAUGCCCUGGACCAGUUCUUCUGUGAAAUGCCCCAGAUCCUCAAGCUCUCCUGCUCACACGCCAGCCUCAGGGAUGUUGGGCUUAUUGUUGUUAGUGCCUGUUUAUUCUUUCUGUGUUUUGUUUUCAUUGUGCUGUCUUAUGUGCAGAUCUUCAGGGCUGUGCUGAGGAUCCCCUCUGAGCAGGGACGGCACAAAGCCUUUUCCACGUGUCUCCCUCACCUGGCCGUGGUCUCCCUGUUUCUCAGCACUGCCAUGUUUGCCUACCUGAAGCCCUCCUCCAUCUCAUCCCCACCCCAGGACCUGGUGAUGGCUGUCCUGUACUCGGUGGUGCCUCCAGCAGUGAACCCCCUCAUUUACAGCAUGAGGAACCAGGAGCUCAAAGAUGCACUGAAGAAGCUGAAGAAACUACGGAGCUGCCGCUUUGAACUUCAGAGAGUUAAAAAUUCUCCCGUCUUCCAGUAG